AUGGCGCACAACUCAUCAGCCGGUCGGCUGCUAUUUCAUUACGGCGAAUUAGACGCUGAGCUGAAAUUACUUCCAAGAUAUUACAAACCAAACAUACGCAUAUAUCCUGAUCUAUCUAUCUAUCUAUCUAUCUAUCUAUCUAUCUAUCUAUCUAUCUAUCUAUCUAUCUAUCUAUCACAUUAUGUUCAAUUAUCUAUCUAUCUGUCAAAAACAUUCUGUUCUAUAUCUAUCUAUCUAUUCCUAUCUAUCUAUCUAUCUAUCUAUCUAUCUAUCUAUCUAUCACAUUCUGUCCAGUAUCUAUCUAUCUGUCUAAAACAUUAUGUUAUCUAUCUAUCUAUCUGUCUAUCUAUCUAUCUAUCAUCUAUCUAUCUAUCUAUCUAUCUAUCACAUUCUGUUCAAUAUUCAUCUAUCUAUAUCUAUCUAUCUAUAUAUAUAUAUAUAUAUAUAUAUAUAUAUAUAUAUAUAUAUCACAUUCUGUUCAAUAUCUAUCUAUCUAUCUAUCUAUUCAUCUAUCUAUCUAUCUAUCUAUCACAUUCUUAUCUAUCCAUCUGUCUAAAAACAUUCUGUUCUAUAUCUAUCUAUUCAUUCAUCUAUCUAUCUAUCUAUCUAUCACAUUCUUAUCUAUCUACCACAUUCUAUUCAAUCUCUCUAUCUCUCCCCCUCUCUAUCUAUCUAUCUAUCUAUCUAUCUAUAUACCCACUCUACAAUAACUUUCCAUAUUGUCAUUCGAUAUCUAUCUAUCUAUCUAUCUAUCUAUCUAUCUAUCUAUCUAUCUAUCUCAUUCUGCUCAUAUCUAUCUCAGUUCAUAUCUAUCUAUCUAUUUAUCUAUCUAUCUAUCUAUCUAUCUAUCUAUCUAUCUAUCUCAGUCUUUUCAUAUCUAUCCAUCUAUCUCAUUUUGCUUAUAUCUUCUAUCCUAUCUCAGUCUAUCUAUCUAUCUAUCUAUCUAUCUAUCUAACUCAGCUUCUUUUUCUUUUCUCUUUCUCUUUCUCAUAUCCUCAUUCUCUUUUCCUCUCCUUUUUCACUUUCUCUCGCAGUAUCUCUCUCAAUUCGUUCUGUGGUUUUUUUUCUCGGCUUUCCUACGUUCUAAAAUCUCUCUCUCUCUCUCUCUCUCUCUCUCUCUCUUUCUUACAAUAUCGUUCUCUUGUUUUUUCGCUCGAUUUAACAUGUCUUUCCAUCUUUCAACUCUUUUCAACCCGUUCCUACACUUCUUCGCUUUCUUCUUUUCUCCCUUUUCUUCUCGCUAUCUCUCGCAUUGUCUCGCAAUUUUUCUUUUCCUUUCAUGCUUUCGAAUAUGUGUGCGUCUCUUUCUCUCUCUCUCUCUCUCUCUCUUUUACAAUGUCCUUCGCUUGCCUUUCCCCCUCUUCUCCCUGCCACUCUCUUUCUUUUGACUAUUUUACCCCUCCCUUAUGCCACUCUCCCUUUCGGCUCUUCCUUUUUUCUCAAUUUCUCUCACACUGUCUCUCUCAUUUAUUUUCUAAAACGUAUCUCUCUCUCUCUCUCUCUCUCUCUCUUAUAAUGUCCUUGGUUUGUCUUUCUCUCUCUCUCUCUCUCUCUCUUUCAAUUUGGUGUCUUCCCUCCCUUUCCUUUCGGAAAUGUCAGAUUCUCUCUCUGGAGUUCGCAUGUCUGUCGCUUUCUCAUCCUUGUAUUUCACAGUCUCUUUCUACUCUCCCUCCCUCUCUCUCUCUCUCUCUCUCUCUCUCUCUAUUCUCCUACACUUUCUACCCACCUUCUCUCUUUACUCACUUCUUUCUCUGCUCUCCCUCUCUCUCUCUAUUCUCCUUCUCCCCUCCCACUCUUUCUAAUCUCCUACUCCUUCUACCUUCCUUCUCUCUCUGUACCUCCUCAUCUAUCUACUCUUUCUGCUCUUCUUCUCUUUCUACUCUCCUUCUCUCUCUAUUCUACUUCUCUUUUUACGCUACCUCUCUUUCUAUUUUCCUACCUUCCUUCUCUCUCUACUCUUCAUACUCUCCUUUUCUCUAUAUUCUUUUUCUCUUUUUAUUCUUCCUCUCUUUCUACUCCCCUUCUUUUUCUAUACGCCUUCUCUUAAUAAUCGCAUUCUCUCUCUUUUAUCCAUUUCUCUCUAUUCUCUUUUUAUACUCUCCUUCUUUCUCUGCUCUCCUCUUUCUAUUCCCCUUCUCUAUCUGCUCUUCUUUUUUCUCGGCUAUGCUUCUCUUUCCACUCACAUUCUCUUUCUAUUCUCCUUCUCUUUCAACACUCCUAUCUAUCUCAUCUUUUCUUAUCUAUCUACAUAUCUAUCUUCUUUCUAUCUACCAUCUAUUCAAUCUAUUCACUAUCUAUUCAUAUCUAUCUAUCUAUCCAUUGUUCUAUUUAUCGAUCUAUCUAUCUAUUCAUCCAUGUAUCUACCAAUAUGAAUUGUUCUGUCUUUCUAUCUAUCCAUCUAUCUUUCUUUCUAUCUACCACAACUAUUCAUAUCUAUCUAUUCAUCUAUCUAUCUAUCUAUCUAUCUAUCUAUCUAUCUAUCUAUCUACUAAUAUGAAUUGUUCUAGUAAUUUAUUUGUCUAUCUAUCUCCAGUCUUUUUAUAUUCAUCUAUCUGCCCAUCUUUCUUUCUAUCUACCACAAUCUAUUCAUAUCUAACUCAUCUAUCCAUCUAUCUAUCAUUCAUUCAUCUAUCUAUCUAUCUAUCUACUAAUAGGAAUUGUUCUGUCUUUUCAUAUCUAUCUACAUAUCUAUCUUUCUUUCUAUCUACCACAAUCUAUUCAUAUCUAUCUAUCUAUCUAUCUACUAAUAUGAAUUUAUUUGUAUCUAUCUACCUAUCUUUAUUUCUAUUCAUAUCAUCAAUCUAUUCAUAUCUAUCCAUCUAUCUAUCUAUCUAUCUAUCUACUAAUAUGAAUUGUUCUAGUAAUUUAUUUUCUUCUUUUCCAUAUCUAUCUACAUAUCUAUCUUUCUUUCUAUCUACCACAAUCUAUUCAUAUCUAUCUAUCUAUCUAUCUAUCUAUCUAUCUAUCUAUCUAUCUAUCUAUCUAUCUACUAAUAUGAAUUGUUCUGGUAAUUUAUCUGUCUGUCUAUCUCAGUCUUCUUUUCAUAUCUAUCUACAUAUCUAUCUUUCUUUCUAUCUACCACAAUCUAUUCAUAUUCAUCUAUUCAUAUCUAUCUAUCUAUCUAUCUAUAAUAUGAAUUAUCUAUCUAUCUUCUUAUCUAUCUAUCUAUCUAUCUUUCAUUCUAUCUAUCUAUCUAUCUAUCUAUCUAUCUAUCUAUCUAUCUAUCUAUCUAUCUACUAA